GAGGGGGAGUCGCUUCGAGUGGCCAGGGUCCUUUUCACGCUCACGCGCAUACAAGGUUCCGGCUGAGGUUCCGGCUGAUGAACCAUUCAUAUGGCUCACACGACUGGAGGGGAGCACUUGCCACAAAAGGCACCCGAUCAUCACGCAAUGCUUCGCAGCAUCAUCUGGCGUCUACCCGCGGACACGCCUGACAGUAAGGAACGGUCGAAUACUGCACGGGAUCAUGAAGCGGACACUUCACUGCUUGUCUGAGGUAUAAGCUAGUUCUGCAGAUCUCUUCCUUCCAUCACGCAUGGGCAGAAGCCCUGAAUAUUCGUCCAUUCAGACACAGCCCUGGCAGGAUGUCGUGGUAGUUCUUCUUACCAACUUCAUUCUCUUUGACUCCUCAAUUAGCUCUUGCGUCAGUCUCUGGCCUGUGACGAAGGUGAUUCCAUGAUUCCGCCACAGCCACUAUGACAGAAAGGAUGCCACGACCUGACAAUGCAUCACGAGAAAACGCCACACCGAGACCAGCCGGCACUUCUUACAUCCGACCACAAGACAGAAAGCUACAUGAUCCUGCCGUGUCCUUCGAAGAAUACCACUACUACGCGCUACGAACGCGAGAAGAGGAGCGUGAACUGCCUAGUGUGAAGACGGAUUGGCGAUCACUUCUACUGCGCAAGAAGCUUGCGCGGGACAUAGCGCAGCGUGCGAGCUUUCCAAACGACAGCGCCGAGCAGAAAGGUCAUGAUCGCAAUAUCAACCUCUCGAGAAAGGCAAACCGCCUCGAAAUCUCCGAUCAGGAAUGGACCGACGCUUCUCGCGCAUUUCGUACUGCAUCUUGGGGAGCUUGCUUCUAUCUAAUCACGACCGACAUCCUUGGUCCGGGGGCCGGCAUAGCACUCUACACGGUUUUCGGGCUCUGCGCCGGCUACAGCGGCUAUUUGCUCUGGCAUGCAUUUCUGGGACUCGAUAGCUACAAGUUCCCGUUGAAGAACUAUAGCGACCUCGCCUUCCGCGUCUAUGGGAGUACCGCUCGCUAUAUCACUGCUACGCUGCAAGCAUUAGCGCUGCUGCUCAUCCUUGGCCAGGUGACGAUCCAGCAGGGUCAGGCUAAUUCCGAGAUAUCGAAGUUCAGGCUGUGCUAUGCCGUUUGUCCAAUCCUCUUCCUCGUGGUUGGCUUCGCCAUUGGUCAGAUCAAGACCUUGAAGUCCUAUGGCUGCGUUUUCAACUUGGCUGUAUGGCUCAACCUGCUUGUCAUCUUCAUCACGAUGGGCGCAUUCGCACAUACUCCGCCGAACUACGCAAUCUCCGUUCUCGGAUCCGCAGGCGGACUCGUGGAUCCAACAACGAUCAAGCCGGACACUCAAAAUUACCCGCCCAUCAUCCACUACAGUGGCAUGCCGCCUUCAGGAAGCUCUAUCGCCGCUCUCAACGGCUUACUGUCCGGUGUCUUCGCGUACGGCGGAGCACAGUUGUUCGUCGAGUUCAUGGCAGAAAUGCGACGACCUAGAGACUUCAUCUUCGCUAUGUGGGGAGCCCAGUUCUUCAUCUACGCAGUGUAUCUGAUCUACGGUUGCUACACCUACUACUUCCAAUGUCAAUACAGCUAUCAGAUCAGCUACCAGGGCGUCUCGCACUACGGCUUGCAAACUGCAGGCAACGCCAUCGGCCUCUUGUCUGGACUUAUUGCGGCCGGCUUGUACGGUAACAUUGGAAUUAAGGUCCUAUACAACAACGUGCUUAUCGAUCUGUUCGGAGCAUCGCCUCUGAUCACCAAAGGUGGAAAGAUAAUAUGGACCAUCCUAGUACCCAUCUGGUGGUCCAUCGCCUUCGUGAUUGCGGCGGCCAUACCGGAUUACUUCGGCUUCGUCUCUGUAGUUGCGGCCGCUACCAUUAUGCAGUUCAGCUACUCCACGGUUGGCCAAGGCUUCGAUCCGCAAACUGGAGUGGUGCACCGUAGAUACUCUGGCUUUGAAUACUGGGCAAGAGGCUUCAUCAGCGGAGGCCCACGACAAGUGGUGCUCAACGUGAUCCAUGUUGUCUAUUGCUUAGGAGCAUGGGUCGUCGCUGGCCUUGGCCUGUAUGCUGCUAUCGAAGGUAUGAUUGAAGCCUUCAAGAUUCCGCAAGUCAAUAGCUUUACCUGCGUCUCUCCGCUCAACCUCAAUGCAGGCGGUUGA